AUGCCUGCUCCCAACUCUGACUACAUCCCCCGUGGCCCCGUCGAGGCCACGUUGAAUUUCUUCGAAUACCCCGUCGAUGGCUCCGUCCCCUACCAGUAUGGCCAGCAGCCCGAAGAUGGCUCACCAAUGCUGAACUACCGCCAGCCCGCUCUGCCAGUGUCUCUCAGUGACAUGCGCGGCCAGGAAGACAAGUACACCCUCGACAAAGAUGCCGUGCAGACCCUGCAGCACGUCUUCCCCACCAUCCCAUAUGAGACCUUCGAUUCCGACGAGGCGGUCGAACAGGUUUACUACCCGGAAGUGGAGAAGCUGCUUCUCAACCGGAUUCCUGGCGCCCACACCAUCGUCAUCUUCGACCAUGUGAUCCGCCGACAACAGAAUACCGAUCACACCAAGCCGCUCUUCACCGCGCACGCGGAUCAAACCGCCAAAGCCGCCGCCCGGCGAGUCAGACUGUCUGUCUCUGAUGAAGCCCAGGCCGAGCAGUUUCUGCAGGGUCGCUACCGCAUAAUCAACGUGUGGAAGCCGAUCAAUGGCGCCGUGCAAUCCUGUCCCUUGGCGGUCGCCAGUGGCGCCCAUGUCCACCCGGCCGACCUGGUGCCCAUCGAGUUCCGCCUGCCGCAUCGCACGGGCGAGAUUGUCGGAGUCCGGCACAAUCCCCAGCAGCAGUGGCUGUAUUGGUCUGGGAUGGAGAACGAUGAGUGUUUGUUGUUGAAGUGUUUUGAUUCCACCAAGGCCCCCGAGGUGGCGGUGGCUGUGCCGCAUUCUGCCUUUGAGGAUCCGCGAACCCCGCUUGGCGCCAGGGAUCGAGAGAGCAUCGAGGUUCGGGCUCUGGUAUUUGGCUAG